AUGGCAGAAGUAGAUGAUAAGAGUUGGAUUGAUUCCCUCAAAGUAGUCCUCCCAGCCAUCUAUUCAUUUACUACCCUCGGAAACUCGCCAAAAAUGAAGACUUGGUUUCAUACGCACCGUCUUCGGAAGCAACGCUCAGUGACGGCGUUGCCCAUCCAGAAACAUGACUCUUCGGACAUCGAGCAAGGCGCACCCACUCGCCCAUUGCCAGCUAUCCCAACCCGAGUGGACAGCGCCACCCGGAUUGCAGCCUCUCACACGUCGAGCAGGAUGUCCAUUGAGCGGUACCUGAGUGCGCCAUUGGAGGAAGAGGCGGCUUCAGUUCCAGCAAUUGAAGCGGCAAUCAAGAGACAAACAUCCCAAAGUCGAAUUCCCAGAAUAACUGCCGCACCAAGCGGACGACACUCUCGCGAGAGCUCCUACGAUGCAAAUUCCGAUGGUCGACGCACUUUCUAUACCUCUGGAAGCGCUCCCGACUCGACGGGCACAUCUUAUAGUGCGGUCUCUAAGACCAACCACCUCCCAAGGAGCAAAAUACCCCCAGAGGUGCCCGAAAUGCCAGAAUUGCCUCGGCCGGAGAGGUUAGAGUUUGAGAACGACAAAGCUCAGUCGCCAGAGCGGCCCACGACAAGCGGGACAGUUGACAUGGAGAAGACCUGGGCGGAGCAGAUGGAAAAGCUUAUGCCUGGAUAUUCCCCAGACAAGAAGCUCAACUAUAAAGCCAAGGCAGAAGAGGAGAUUGCGAGAAUUCAAGAGAAGGCGAAGCUGCUGGAGGAAAGGAUUCGCCUGUACGAAAAGGAAAGAGAGAACGCGGAAUUACUAGUGCCGAGGAUCACCGACGAGAUGGCCUACGAACGAAUGGUGGCGCAGCCAAAGUUGGCUUGGAUUCUUGGAACCGACAAUGCCGAUGCGAGGAGCAUUGUAAGGCCGAAGUCCAGCGGGAGCAUGGCACCGAGCACAACAGACGAUCUACCUGAUCGCCCAAGCACUAGUGGUACCCUGGUUGAAGGCGGGCAGAACAGGAACCCGAGGAGAACCAGGUCAAGUGGGGCGCUGGAUGAAAGGGCACGUCAAGCUGCGUUGGAGAGGAAAUCCGCGGGCGUCGACCGAAAGCCGAGCAGGCGUGCGCGAUUCUAUUGCACCUUCUGCCAAAAGCGAUUCCACAGCCGUCUGGAGUGGAUGAGGCACGAACAGACAAUUCACAUGCCUGAGGAACUGUGGGUGUGCUGCCCACGUACAGGAGAGUUCCCCGAUCGAUGUCCAUUCUGCGCCAAAAGCAACCCCAGCCCCUCGCACCUCGCCGAUCACAACUAUCUAUCUUGCCAAGCGAAGCCUCUUUCCGAGCGGACCUUCAGCAGACAAGACCACUUCUUACAGCACAUAUCCGCAGAGCACAAAGUCAGCCCUGGCCAAAAGCCCCUUCGUUUGACCGAGCUCCUAGACGCAUGGAGACAUCCAUUGCCCCUGAAGCAAGGCCACCAGGGGCUUCACUGUGGCUUUUGCGGUCUCACCUUUGCCACGUACAAGGAGCGUACGGAGCAUGUCGCAGCACAUUUUAUGGAGGGUCUAGACAUGAUGUCCUGGUGGAACGCUAGAGUAAGCCAUGAAGUUGCUCAAGCCUCAAAGGCUAAUCAACACCCUGAUUUACCUCACAAGUGUGCCUACUGCGAGCGCACUUACGAGAAUCUCGCCGUUGCGCAGAAGCUACAUCCAAUCUGCACGAUGUACUCUUGCAGUUUCCUCCCGGGCAUGCAAUAUACCAUCUACCCGGCAGGCUCGCGCGCACAUUUGGAAGCGGUCUGCUGCUACUGCAAUGAAACGCUCGUAAGGGGCAAUGGCAAGGUGAAGGGCGCUGUCCUAAAAGAUCACAUCACCCAGCACAAUUUCCGGAACUGCAAUCAGCGGCUGUAUUUCUCCGGCCAACGCUUCCGGCAGCACCUCCAAGACAGCCACAAGACCAACUUUGAUGGAACUCUCUUCGCCGGCUGGACGUUGCUGCUGAAGUCGAGCAAGAUGGAGAAAGCUGCUAUCUUCGAGCCAUUGGAAGCAUCCGCAGCCGUCCGCCGCGCUUAUACGGAUCCAGGAGCUGCAGCUGCUAAGCAGGGCAAAAAGAAGGACAAGGACGUACCUCCAAUGUCCAUUCCCAAGAUGAACUUUAUGGAUUUCUCGGAGACGCCUCAGACAGCUUCUCAUCCAAAGAAAAAGUUGCGUCGCAAAGCCUCCACGCAGACGAUGCCCGACAAGGCCGUCCGCGAAAUCCGCGACUCGACCACUUUCUUCACGCGCGCUGCUACGAUAGACCUCGCAUACGGGAACUCGGCUUCCCCAUCUCCACGCUUCGGCCCCCAGGGGCUCCUCUCACCGAAGCAGCUCCCGCCUCAGCAUAAGGCUGGUUUCCCCGUGGCGUCGCAUCCAGUCGAUGCGGUAGCUUCGAGCCCAAAGUUCUAUCGGAGAAGACUUGACGCGUCAACGCGGAACAGGCUGUAUAUACGGUGCGACGAAGAGGGCCCUCUGUCCAAGAACUCGCAGAGGCUGUUUAGGAGGGUGCCAGGCAGUGCGUUUGGGGCGUUGGUUUUGCACAGUAGUCUAGUUGGGGCGGUGCCGGCGCGGAUGACGAAUUCGGUGGAUGUGUAUUCGCUCCAUUAG